CUCUCUCUCUCUCUCUCUCAUUUUUCCUCUAUAGCUGAUAUAGCUCUAAGCUCUCUGUUUCGUGGACUACAAAAUAAUGACUUCGUCUUCUUCUACAAUAUCAACGAAAAACACGGGCAAAGGUAGGCGCAAGAUCGAGAUCAAGAAGGUCGAGCAAACCAGCAAGCGUCUUGUCACCUUCUCCAAACGCAAAUUAGGCCUUUUCCGCAAAGCCGCGGAGCUAUCCCUCCUCUGCAACGCUGAAAUCGCCGUCGUCGUCUUUUCUCAGCACGGCAAGGUCUACUCCUCCGGCUACCCCGACCCUGACUCUGUCAUCCACCGUUACCUCGCCGGCACAUUCUCUUCCGGAUUGGACUCCCCGUCGGUUGAUCAUGAUCAGGAUGGAGAAUCGGCGGUUUCGUCGUCUUCGUCGCUGCUGAGGCGGGAAUACGAGGAGGCGAUGAAGGUGUUGGAGGAUGAGAAGAAAUCUCUGGACGCCACGGCUGAGAUUCCCGGGUCGGGUUGUGGACAGGGGUCUUGGUGGAACCGCCCGGUUGGGGAGAUGGGUUUGGAGGAAGUCGUUGAGUUCAAGGAAAGAGUUGAACAGUUAAGGCAGAAUCUGGUUGUUGCGGCGGAGGAGGAGAAGAAGAAGCAGACGGCGAUGACUUCGCCGAUCAGUUUGCCGCCGCUGCCGCAUAUAACGGAAUCGACGAUGGAAACGGAGGAGUCUUUGUACCAUUCUCUGUUGAAUGACGACGUGUUCGACAUGGAUCGAGUGUGGGAUUGGGAUUUCUGGAAUAAGACUACAAACAGUAAUAAUUCUUCCAUGGUUUGGAAUAGCGAUCUUAGCCAGUCUUAUUAAAGCAUAGGAUUAUGAUUAUCAUUGGGUUUAACUUGUUGAUUAAUGAUUAAUGCUGUUUUUGGCGGGAGACUAAGAACUGGUGUAGAUUUUGAUAAGUAUACUUGCAGCAGUGGAUCACAAUUGCGAGAAUUAGAGCCGUUGAAUACAUCCAAGAGCUCUCAGCUGAUUUGCCUCACGGCUACUUUU